UUGAGUAGUCAUCAUUUCCUGUUUCUUGAGAAGUGGAAAAAUAAUGUCAUACGAGUUGGAUUAUACACAAUUUGUUUCGAUAUAAGCUUUUCAAAAGAGCUUCAUAUAAAGAUGUCGAGUGGCAAGCGAGUCAACACCACUGCCACUGCGCGUCUCAAGCAGGAUUACAUGAGGAUCAUGAAGGAUCCGGUACCCUAUGUGAAGGCUGUUCCACUGCCAACAAAUAUGUUAGAAUGGCAUUAUGUAGUACAAGGGCCAGAGAAUUCUCCAUAUGAAGGUGGUUUGUAUCAUGGUAAACUCAUCUUUCCACGAGAGUUCCCCUUCAAGCCCCCUAGCAUCUACAUGAUAACACCUAAUGGUAGAUUCAAGUGUAACACAAGGUUGUGUCUCUCCAUCAGUGACUUCCAUCCUGACACAUGGAAUCCAGCAUGGUCUGUGUCCACAAUACUCACAGGGCUGCUCAGCUUCAUGUUGGAGAAGAGCCCUACACUGGGUAGUAUAGAGACCUCUGACUACACUAAACGUCAGUUGGCUGCUCAGAGUGGAACGUUCAACCUGGGUGACAAAGUCUUCUGUGAGUUGUUCUCAGACAUUGCAGAGAACAUCCGGGCUGAGAUUCGUCGGAGGGAGGAAGAAAUGCAGCGUUCUACAGAUUCCAGUGGGAACAUUGAUGGCGGAUCAAGGAAUGGCCGCAGUGGCUUGCUCAAUGGAAACCCAAACACUGUACUUAACGGACAAAAUCAGGGAUUCUUUGGGACAGCUUUGACAAAUAUAUUUGUGAUAAUUGGUUUUGCAGCGUUUGCUUACACAGUGAAGUAUGUACUGAGAAGUGUUGUUGAUUGAAGACGUGAAUUGUUUGGCUGUUCUGACCUUUCCACUUUGACCCUUCGACUUGAUCAAAGGUCUAAGGAAUGCCUGUAUAUAUUGACUGGUUCUGGUGUAUCACUAUAUCUAUCUAUAUGUCUGCAGAUGUGCUGUAUAAGAUGUCUGGAUCAAAGGUACCCACUCUUCUGCAUCAUGUCAUGAAAGGAUUUACUUUCUGUUUGUACAUACUACUUUUGUUUUUUUAUCAAUAAUUUGUUAUGCUUCAGAAAUGAGAGGAACACUGUUUUAUCCAAGACACAAGACUGUUGUGUAGGGUUAUGGUUAAAACUUUAUUGUCUUGCCAAAGUCCUGGGUACAGUUCCUCAAUGGGAAUCCUCACGUGGCAACAAUUCGUAGGAGCAGAAAAAAAAUAAUUUUCAUUCAAACUCUUGGAUUGUGUUCGAUAGGGAUAUAAUAUUUGAAAUUAAAUGUAUUUGAUGGUUCAGAAUAUGUAUGAAUGCUCUGAGUUUAUGGAUUAAAACAUGGGGGUGGGAUACAAGGCUAUAUAAAAAUGAAAUAUUUGUAAUAAAUGAAAAGACCAUUGAAAAACAAAAAAAAUAUGAUACAAUGUAUCAAUAUUGUCAGUGAAAACAAACAAGGGUUGAUGAUUUGAACCUCACCUCUUCUGAAUGUGGGUUGGGCUGGUUGAGAGGGAGUUCAUGUGCCCUGUGGGUGGGAGAGAGUUGAUGUGCCCUUGAGGGCAUCGGAGAGUUGAUUGAGCUCUGGUAAGUGUGAGAGGGUUGAGGGUGCCCUUAAAGGCUUGAAUGAGUUGAUGGUGCCCUGUGUACGUGAGAUUAUGUUCCCUUGAGGGGUUCAGGGAGAUGAUAGUGCCCUUAUGAGUGGGAGAGAGUUGAUAGUGCCCUUGGGUUUGCAGGGGCGUAGCUACCCUUUUAAUAAAAAGCUCGGGCUUACACAUGAUUGUUGCUAAAACAGUUGGGCAAGCACUCAAUACUAUCUAAAUAUGAAGUUUUACAACCUAUCGGGCUUACACAGAAAAAUGGCUUGCUAUGCCCCAGGUUUGGGAGGGAGUUGAUGUGCCCUUAUAGUUAGGACACUGAUUGUGCCCAGGGGGUUGUGCUAGAGGUUAUGGUGCCUGUUAGGGUGUGAGUAAAUUGAUGUGCCCUCACUACUAAGAGGGAGUUGUUGAUGCCCUUGAGAGUGAGAGGAAAUUGUGGAUCGUUUUUGUGUGUGAGGUAAUUAUAUUUUACACAUCCUGAUGUGUCACCUUGCACAAGUUGUGUUGUUGCUUUCACCAUUUGCCAUGGUGGAGUUUGAAGUCAUGAAUCUUUUAAUGCAAAAUUCUAUUAAAGGAUAUGUUAUAAUUUGAAACAGGAGAAUACUUGAAGUGGGGAGUGUUUCAGUGAUUAACAUGGUGCUGAUGAGAAGCAAAACAAACAACAAAUAUAUUUUCAGAUUAUGCAUAUUUUAAUAUGUUUGAUCAAAUUAGAAUCUCCUUCAAUAUCUACAAGAACAUAUUGAAAAGAAAACUGUCAUCUUACUCACUGCACGUCCCCAAGAGGCUAAUCUGCUGGUCAUGGUGUCAAAAUCCCGGAUUAGCCCAAUCUUGGAGACAUGAUCUGACAAUCCACAACCGCUGCUUGUAGGUUGAAGAAGAUAGUAAACAUCUUUUUCCCUCCCCUUCAGGCUUUCCCCACUUAUAAAGUUAAUAUUCUGUGGUGUAACUGUAAUACGGUUCGAACCAAAUCAAGUAAAUCAUGAGUACUGACAUUUAUUAUUUUUCAGAUAAUGAGGCCUGAUUGUAUAUGAUUGUUAUAUGUUAAGAAGGCUGCCUGUAUGUAAAUAAACUGUUGAAGUGA